AUGAUUGCCAUCGGCUUAGAAGGCUCUGCAAACAAGCUGGGUGUCGGUGUUAUACUUCACCCGGAUGAUGGCAGCACUCCCCAAGUACUCUCCAAUGUUCGGCAUACGUAUGUAUCCCCGCCAGGUGAAGGGUUUUUACCAAAGGAUACUGCUAGACAUCAUCGCCAGUGGGUUGUAAGCCUGGUUAAAAAGGCCUUGAAAGAUGCUAAGAUUGGCGUGACCGACGUCGAUUGCAUAUGUUUUACUAAAGGCCCCGGGAUGGGUGCUCCUCUACAAUGCGUUGCACUGGCCGCGAGGAUGUUAAGUUUACUGUGGGGGAAGGGGCUUGUAGGCGUUAAUCAUUGUGUUGGCCAUAUUGAAAUGGGUCGCUACAUAACCGGCGCGACAAAUCCUAUUGUUCUAUAUGUCUCUGGAGGAAAUACCCAAGUGAUUGCUUAUAGUUCGCAACGAUAUAGAAUAUUUGGCGAGACUUUAGACAUAGCCGUAGGAAAUUGUCUUGAUCGCUUCGCUCGAACGUUACACAUUUCCAACGACCCCGCUCCAGGAUAUAACAUUGAACAGCUGGCCAAGAAAGGAAAAAGGCUCGUUGAAAUCCCCUAUGCUGUCAAAGGAAUGGACUGCUCUUUCUCGGGUAUAUUAGCUACAGUUGACGCCUUGGCUGUCUCGUAUGGACUGGGCGGCGAGGAACAAGCGACGAAGGAUGCAGCUGAAGUGGCUCGACGUGCAAAAGUUGAAACUAUCGACUCACUUGAAGAUGAUGACGGAAUAGUUACUCGCGCAGAUCUGUGUUUUUCUCUUCAAGAGACAGUGUUUGCUAUGCUGGUGGAAAUCACGGAGCGUGCUAUGGCGCAUGUAGGCUCCAAGGAGGUACUAAUAGUGGGUGGUGUUGGUUGCAAUGAGCGGCUUCAAGAGAUGAUGGGAAUCAUGGCCCGAGAUAGAGGCGGAAGCGUUUAUGCUACCGAUGAGCGAUUCUGCAUUGACAAUGGGAUCAUGAUAGCGCAGGCUGGGCUCCUGGCCUACAAGACAGGCUUCCAUACACUGUUGGAAGAGUCCACAUGUACACAAAGAUUUAGAACAGACGAAGUCUUUGUGAAAUGGAGGGAGUGA